AUGACGUCUUCCGACGGUGGCUCGGACAGCUAUGUUGUCGUAGCUUCCGAGCCAGUGGCCUCCGCACAAUGCACCCUGCCAAAAACCAGUGAUAGCGAGGCGUCACAAAGGGCAGACUGUCAGACAACCAGUACGGAGGAGGCCGGCCAGCAGUCUGAAGGCAUUUCCCCAUCGCCAGAAACCGAGGUCGAGGUCAAGACGAGCACCACAGAGGUAGUGGAUACCUCGAGCUCAGCAGUGGACAGGGGGGACGGCAGCGAUGAGAAGAACGAUGAGGAGACUGGGGAAGAGGAAGAGGGACAGGAAGAGGAGGCAACGGAGCCAGUGGCUGUUGGCAUGGUCUGCGGCUCCAAAGACCUGUACCAAAAGAUCGACGAGUGGAACAACAUCACUUGGACGACCAAGUAUCCCGACGGGCUCGAGGAGGCUGCCGAGGAUGAGGACACAGCCAGAUAUGCGCUGCUCGUGCGGAACAAGAAGAGCUAUGAUUCUCGCAAGAAGCUCGAGAUUGACAGCAUCGUCAUUCAGAGCCACUUACUCAAAGACGUCCUACACCAAGUACUAAAGGGAUAUCCUGGUGUGACUACGACGCUGGUUCGGCUGACUUUUGCCGCGCCGUUCCGCCCUUUCGUACACCGCUGGGCACAGCUCAAGGAGGCGCUUCAGGACGAGCAGUACGACGAGGCUACGAGGGAGCACCUCAAGCUUUUGCACGAUGUCUUGCACGCCGAGCUCAAGGACACGAUUGCCGCAGUCAAGGACUACGUCAAGAACAAGGUCAUCACAUACGAACACGUCUGGGCAAUCUUUCACCCGGGCAGCGUCAUUUCCGCGUCUCGAUACGGCCAACCCGUUGCCGCCCAGCUCCAGCAGGGCGAGUAUGUCGAGCACUGUCGGUAUGGUCACUGCUUUCAGCUCAAAUGCGAGCGUAUCGACUGGGACGGCACCAGAUUUGGCUUUGUCACUUCAACGUACCUGAUCACACCAUUCAGCGGGACAACCUCAAUUACAGAUCUCGAGUGCUUCCCGCUUGAGUACCACCUCGAGAAAGAGGCCAUCACCAGCAAGCUCAUCGAGAGAGGUCGCAAGUUCGAGGCACUUGCCGGGUACAACUAUCGUCGAUACGACGGACAGGCGAUCGAGCAGACCUCGUGGGGACCUUCCAAGGUUCCCAUCAACUGCAGAGUCGUGGUCGACUCGCACGCCCACGCGAAAGCGAACCCAGACCAGCAGCUCACUCUGCGAUCGUUGCAGAAGGUAGAGACCCAGGGUGGCGUGCACUCCAGUGACAGCAAUGACAACUACUACAACAACUACGACCCGUACAACUCGGGCCGCGAGGAGGACGUCUUCCUCGCUGGCGACAAGAAGCCGAUGGCCCUAACGGAGGAGCAACUCCUGCUCUGCACCCCCGUGGUCCGAGGCUACGCCCUCAAGACCAAGAAGUGGCUCGAGUUCUUCGUCGACGACGUGUCCGAGAUCAACUUUGACGACCGCGCCUUCGACGCCCUGGUCCUGCCCGAGGGCCACAAGUCCCUGAUCCUCGCCUUCACGCAGAGCCAAGUCAAGAACAAGCACGCCUUUGACGACGUCAUCUCCGGCAAGGGCCGCGGAAUCAUCAUGCUCCUCUCCGGCGGGCCGGGUAUCGGCAAGACUCUGACGGCAGAGAGCGUCGCCGAGACGAUGCGCGUGCCCCUGUACUCCCUGACUGCAGGCGAUCUGCCCGAGUACGACCUCGAGGCGACCCUCUCCAAGGCCCUCGAGCUCGUGGCAAAGUGGGACGCCGUCCUGCUGCUCGACGAAUGCGACGUCUUCCUGCAGGCCCGCUCGUCGACGGACCUCACGCGCAACCGCGUCGUGUCCAUCUUCCUCCGCACGCUCGAGUACUACGAGGGCAUCCUAUUCCUGACGACGAACCGCAUGGAGGACAUUGACGAGGCGUUCCACAGUCGCAUCCACGUCUCGCUCGAGUAUCCCAGCCUGGACGCCAGGGCGCGGUCCGCGGUCUGGCAGGGGUUCCUGGACCGGGACCCGAAUAGUCACUGCCUUUCGGCAGAGGACGUGGGCAAGCUCGCAACGCUGGAAAUGAAUGGGCGGGUGAUCAAGAAUGUACUCAAGACGGGUAACCUGCUCGCGUGCCAUCAGAAACAGAAGCUCAGCUAUGAACAUCUCAGGACGGUGCUGGGUGUUCAGGGCCAGAAGAUGCCGGCGUGA